AUUUGAACAUGCUUACAAAAGCAACAAAGUGAACAGUUGUUAGCAUCCUACCUCUCAAAUUCUAUUUCCUUAUGAAAAUUUAUCAUCCAUUAAAGAAAACUUUAUCCAAUCAAAUCCAGCAAUUAGCUGUUAAAUGAAGGCGCUCAUGAACUAGGCUUUACUGUUUUUUUUUUUUUUAAUGGGAUACAACAGGAGAAAAUCCGUGCUUCUUGCAAAUACUAAUAUUAACAUGUUGUAUUUAGACUUUGAUUAUUUCUACAUUGAAGAAAACAAAGUGUGAGAUGGAGAAAGAUCCACUAAAAGUACUCUUUUGGGAAUUCUAAUUUUGAAGAAGCAGGCAGAGGUUUUCUUUUAGUAUAUAAUAUAUACCAAAAGAAGAGAAUGUUAAGUGGGAUAUUAAUUCUUGACAUAUCUUUCCAAAGUAAGACUUUUUGCUACUUUAGGUGUUUCUAGAUAGAAUAUUUGUCCUGGAGCAUCUCACAUAUUAAAGUAGUGUCCACUGGGUGCACUCUGGAGCUUGGCAUGCUUUCAGGUUCUUCUUGUGCAUACACUCACAUAUGUCUGAAGUACGAUCUGUGUAAUCAGCUUAUAGUUGACAGUAGAGACCCAGGGAAUUUGGGAUGGGUUUUUUGUUCCCUAGUCAUAGAAAGGCUUUUGGAUUAGAGAUGUAGUUAGGUUCUUAUGUAGUAUUCCUCUCUUUUUGUAAAUCAUUCUAAACCAUUUGGGUAGUUUGGAACUAACCAGUGACAUGGCAAGCCUCUAGAUAAGCAGCUGCCCAAGACAAGCCUUGCAUUUCACAAGAUGAUGCUUGAUUCUCUAGGGUCAUGCAUUAUAAUUGAUCUAUGCCAGGCUGGGCGGGGUGGCUCAUGCCUGUAAUCCCAGCACUUUGGGAGGCUGAGGUGGGUGGAUCACUUGAGGCCAGGAGUUCAAGACCAGCCUGGCCAACAUGGCAAAACCCCGUCUCUACUAAAAAUACAAAAAUUAGCCAGGCAUGGUGGCAGGUGCCUGUAAUCCCAGCUACUUGGGUGGCUGAGGCACAAAAAUCGCUUGAACCUGGGAGGCGGAGAUUGCAGUAAGCUAAGAUUGUGCCCCUGCACUCCAGCCUGUGAAACCCUGCCUCUAAAAACAAGGCCAGGCAUGGUGGCUCACACCUGUAAUCCCAGCACUUUGGGAGGCCAAGGUGGGCAGAUCACUUGAGUCAGGAGUUCGAGACCCGCCUGGCCAACAUGGUGAAACCCCAUCUCUACUAAAAAUACAAAAAAUUAGCCGAGUGUGGUGGCACGCUUCUGUAAUCCCAGCUACUUGGGAGGCUGAGACACAAGAAUCCCUUGGACCCAGUAGGCAGAGGUUGCAGUGAGCUGGGAUCGGGCCAUUGCACUCCAGCCUGGGCGACACAGCAAGACUGUGUCUCCAAACAAACAAAAAAAGACAUGCCAAAUGACAUGGCAGGUAUUGGGUUCUCCCCCACUGGUGAUGGCCAUGCUGUUUCUGAACAGCCUGAAGGUGAACCCAACCAUUAAGUACAUUUGUAGAAAUGAGGGGUAUGGAGUGUCCUUUCUGCAUCUGGGCACUUCACUUUGUCAGCAAAAAAAGCUAACAAACUUUACUAUAUUUGUGCUUCUUGACAGAUAAAAUGGGAAUUACUAAGCUGUAAUCAGGCCUAAAGUGGCCUGACUUAAUACAGAGACUUUCUCACUUCUCCAUCACAAUUAUUUGGGUAGCUUCGGCAUGCAGCAUUCUUUGCAGUUCCUGACCCCUUAAUGCCUGACCCUUCCAAGCAACCAAAGAACCAGCUUAAUCCUAUUGGUUCAUUACAGGAAUUGGCUAUUCAUCAUGGCUGGAGACUUCCUGAAUAUACCCUUUCCCAGGAGGGAGGACCUGCUCAUAAGAGAGAAUAUACCACAAUUUGCAGGCUAGAGUCAUUUAUGGAAACUGGAAAGGGGGCAUCAAAAAAGCAAGCCAAAAGGAAUGCUGCUGAGAAAUUUCUUGCCAAAUUUAGUAAUAUUUCUCCAGAGAACCACAUUUCUUUAACAAAUGUAGUAGGACAUUCUUUAGGAUGUACUUGGCAUUCCUUGAGGAAUUCUCCUGGUGAAAAGAUCAACUUACUGAAAAGAAGCCUCCUUAGUAUUCCAAAUACAGAUUACAUCCAGCUGCUUAGUGAAAUUGCCAAGGAACAAGGUUUUAAUAUAACAUAUUUGGAUAUAGAUGAACUGAGCGCCAAUGGACAAUAUCAAUGUCUUGCUGAACUGUCCACCAGCCCCAUCACGGUCUGUCAUGGCUCCGGUAUCUCCUGUGGCAAUGCACAAAGUGAUGCAGCUCACAAUGCUUUGCAGUAUUUAAAGAUAAUAGCAGAAAGAAAGUAAAUUUGGAGCAACUUAAAAAAUCUUUCAGUAGCACAUAAAAAGUUCCCCUCUGGCCCCUUCCCAAGUAAAACUUUUACCGUAGUGUUUAUGUCUUGUUUCUAAAUCUCUUCAUAGAUUCCAUCAACACUCCAGAUUUAAUUAUCUCCUCAUAGUUGUUAUUAAGCUCUUUUUAAUGGCUUCAACUUUGUAUCAGUAUAUUGUAUUUAUAAACUUUGUACCACGAGAGAGUGUAGCACCCACUUUACAGUGCCAUGCACAUCAGAGAAAGAAACUGCAUGUUUGUUGUUGAUGAUGAAAUAAAAAUGCUAGCAACAGUCUUUCUUACUGGUGCUUAAGCUCUUCUUUGCACAAAGCUUUAUAAAGGGAAUUCAAAGGAAGCCCUUUAGAAUUAGAGUCUUGAGGGACAGCACUAACAGGGCUUUAUUAAGUAUGAUUGUUAAAUUUCAGGGAACAUGAUUGGUCUGCUGUGUAUUUGAAUUCAUGUAACAAAGAACUGUUAUGAUGGGAUUCUGCUCAUUUUAUUAAAAAGCUACUGACUUGA